ACUAUCUGUACGCAUUACGCAUGUCAAUGAAAUUUGCAUUGUAACUUCCGAAUUUGCCAGUCACUAUGGUAAGAAUGAAAAUAAAAUUACUGAAACUUUUAAUAUAUGACAGUUUUCGAUAGUUACUUCAAACAAUACUUAAUCAGUAUCUGCACACAUUUAAGUAUUCUUUUUUUUCUUUGUCAAGAAAUUUUUUUUAAAGUUUGAAGCGUAGAAGCAAAUGUAAAUAAACUAGUUAAUUAAAUACCAAUUAUCGAUACCCCCCCCCCCCGGUAUUUGUUCCCGAUUCACAAAAAAGAGUUAUUAGCAAUUAUUGGCAACAUUUCAUAUACUCAGAUUAUAUGUAGGAAACUUGACACAAAUUUUGACAUAUAUGAUCUUAUAAAUAAACAGGGACAACGCCAGUCUGGUGGAACAGGAGGUCAAGGAGGUGACAAAGGUGAUGAUAAAGUAAGUAGUAGGCCUAACAUAUAUCAUUUAAUCUUCUGAUUUGUAUGUAAGUAUGUACUACUAGGCACUAUACUAUGCAUACAGUUAAAAAUCUGGCUGAUUUUGGGUUAGUGGUAAGGCCAGCUAUGCAUUACAUGGUCACAGAGCUUCCCCAGGUCAACUUCCAUUUGCAGCGUUGUAGUAGUAGUAGGCCUACUCAAAAGAUUUACAUAUUUAUGUUUGUGUUAAACCCAUUCUCCCCUCCCCAGUAUUUGGUAUUGAAAAAUUAUGGUGAAGUGUCCUGUUAAAUUAUAUAAAUAUUUUGAAUUUUAAGCUUUGCACAUGACUAAUUUAUUAGUUAAAGCUUUCCUUAACCAAUGGUUCAAUAGUGAUAUCAAUAGUGAAUAGUGUAUUAAGAGAUUUUGCAUACAGAAAAUUAUGAUAAUUUAUAAUAAUGUUUUUAAACCUCAAAUGAAAAUAUUCUGGUUUAAAUGACUUAUAAAUUCAUUCUGAAACACAAGUUAUCAAAUAUUUCCUAAACUAUUGUGCCAACGCCCAUUUCCAAUACAAAUUAAGUGGUAGUCUCCCUUUUUACAGAAGGUUUAGCAUACAGGUACUUCAAUUUUCUAUUAAUCGUCAGAUAUAGUUUAUGACGCGAGUAAUUCUCAGUGAAGAACGGGAAAGUUUAUCAAACACAUUGUUAGGUCCAACAAAAAUAUUAAUUUAUUACUUAUUUAUUUAUUUUACACACUGCACUGAGCCUGUGGUCAUUACCCACCUUCUUACCAAUAGUUCAUAGCUCUAUUGUAAUAAAUAUGUGUCUUAAUUGAUCUGUCUUAAAUUAAGAUUCAUACAAUUAUGUGGGAAUGUAAGUCUACUUUUGUUUUAAAUUAUUUUAUAUUCCCAAUUCUAUAACUAUUGAAAUAUUAAAAGACUUGUCUUGGAAAUUUUAAAAUAUUUACAGACACUUAAGACUUUUAACAACAGAAAACACAUAAGGGGGUAGGCGCCCGAAAAUAUCUAAAUUUUUAAAAAAUUGUCCAUUUUUUAUUUUUUCAUUUUUACGAAGAUCAACAUUCUUAGAAUCGAUUACACAUCAAACUAUACUACUUUUUAAAAGAUUUGUUGUGAAACAACUGAUAUUUAACACCCCACUCCACUCUAAAAAUUGAACUAAUUUUGGAAAUAAAAUAAAAUUCAUCACAUAUCCCAUGUUUGAGACCUCAAAAAACUAGUUUUAAAUAACAAAAUAUGCUAUUAUUAUAUAUCAACAUAAUAUAUCAAGCAGUUUUUUUAACAUUUAGAAUCUUAGUCAGUAAAUAUAAUUGCUUCAAAUAAUCGGAUCCACAAGCGUAAUGUGUGUAGGAUUUUCUUCGCUUCUAUUUAUAUAAUUAUUUUACCGAUUUUCAUUGGUCCAAACGGAGGGUAACCAAGAUACCGUUGACUCCCGCAUGCGCAAACGAGUUGUUUAUGUGUUUUUACCGGAUCCUGGGUUCUGUGUACAGAUUGAAAUUUUGCAAACGAAAGCAUCAGCAUAUUUUGAUUUUAAAAUACACAUUUACAACCUUACCCAUUCGGUAAAAGCCAGAAAUUCAAGGUAAGUAUACUAAAAAAAAUGACCUUAAUUUAGCAACACGCAAUCAGUGAUAGUUGAAAUUAUUCAGUUCAUACGUCAGUACUGUCACUGUUGCCAUGAUGAUCGUGCGUGUGUAUUGUUUGUGAGUUUAUGUUUAGCUUAUGCCUUAUGCGGAGAAUUACAUAAGUUUCUACUAUUAGUCUUUAUAUUUACCAAUCAAGUGAAUUGUUAAAUUAUAUGAAUAUUAUGCCGUAAUACUACUAUAAUUAUGGUAUUAGCAUUAGCAGUAUGGGCAAAAUAAUUCGUAUUAGAAUGUUUUAACUCAAAUAGUUUAUUCUUAGCCUUAUUAAUUUUUUUUUAUAUGCUUACAAUUAUUAAUAGUAAUAGCCUAAUUAGUUUUAUAUUAUUUCUUAUUUUUAAGAUCAGUUCAUUAGACUAAUAGUAGUAAUUAUAAUAAAAUAAACAUUUAGUUAAGCAAUCCUAAACAUCUAAAUAAUACUAAUAGGCUUAUUGAGAUCAUUUUCAAUAUAUUAUUUGCUAAAUGAUGUUUAUAUAAUUUUUUAAUUCCAUUCCAGCCCCCAAAAGUUCUAACGAGCCGAGCAAAAGUUAAUUCCUCAGUGACAAGAAUUCAACAGAGGGACUGCUAAACAUUGAUUUUGAUAUGAUCACAAUUCAAAGCUUUUACCAAUUUUCUUCUGUCUGCAUUGGAAUGGACAAAUUGCAGCAGCCAUAACUUACAGCUGAUUGCAAAACAAAAUAGUAAAUACUGUGAAUAUAACAAUGACUAGAUUGUGAGUGGUUAGAUUGUUCAUACCCACAACUGGAUAAUCAAGUCAUUAUCAAUUAUAGACUGUAAGGCCUGAAGGACAAUCGCAUGGACUAUGAAAAGUUGCAAUCUAUGAUAUCUGCGAUAAACAAUCCAGCUGCACCUGAAAAAAUGUAUAACCUUCACAAAGUAUAAAAACUGCGCUAUGCCGAAGACAUGAAACAUUUAUGAGCAAGUAUCUGCCCAAUUAUUACAUUUCUAAUAGACAAAUAACUCAUUCACCUCUGGUAUGAGGGACAUCUUUGAUGAAAGAAGUACACAAAAUAGGUCCAAAGUUUCAACAUAGCAUUGCUGCCAUUAAACUAUUUAUGCUUCAAUUUCAGUGAUGGUGACAGCAACAUAACCUUGUCAUCUAAGUAUGGUUAAAAGGAUCAUGGACAAAAAGGGUUGAUUGGGGACUUUGGAUAACUUGUGUUAUACUAUAAUGCUGAACAAAAAAUUCUUAUACAACACAAAUUAGCUUUAUGCCAGAGGAAAAAUAUUUUUUUUUUUAAAAUUGUGACUUUCACGAGAGCACCUGAGUGAAGUUUGAGAAGGUGAAACCCAUGUUCCUGGUGCAUUCAACAGUUCAAUAAUAUACUAAACCACCAUGUCCAUGUUGCUGAACAAAAAAAACUAUGUAAAAGAACUUCAUUUUCAUAUUAAACUUAAAAUUUUUCACUUUUAAAGUUUAAAAUUGAUUUUUCUCAAAAUUGUUUUUUUCUGUUGUUUUGUAACGUAGAAUUCUAAAAUCUCAGCUAAUAUACAAGCUAGAGUAAUAAAAUUUGGUGCGUACCCACCUUUAACUAUUUUGUGGGUAAUGAGCUAUUCAAAAGUCAAUUUCGUCAAUUACUUUUGUUAAAAUAAAAAUAAAUAAAAAAACAAAUCUUUUGAAAAGUUUGAAGGAAAUUAAACUAGCUCAGUACCUCUAAAUAUAAUUGAAGUUCAUGAAUCAAUAAUUUUUUAAGCAAUAUGUAUGUUUGUUUUUAAAAUUUUAGAACUCUACGAAUGGGUAUUAUUUUCAAGAUGGCCGCCGUUGCCAUGGCAACUAUAUAAUUUUUUUUUUAAAGCAUGAAAAUAUAUCUCCAUUCAUAGCUUAACAUGACCAUAAUAAAAUAGUUGCUCUAAGUUGGUUAAUUAAAAAAAAUAUUUUUUUUGGUAGCCUGCCCCCCUAAGUCUUUAUUAACAGUAAAUUUAACUUUUAAAGGAUAAAAAAAGAAAAUAUGAGCCACCUGUACCGACACGAGUUGGGAAAAGAAAGAAGAGAUCUAAAGGACCUGACGCAGCAACUAAGUUACCUCAAGGUAUGAUCAUAAUAUAGUUGUUGUUUUUUUUCACACUGGCCUUAUUUGAAAUGGGCUUUAUUGGUUUGUCUGAUAAUGUUUAGUGUACUUCUAAAAAAAUCAUCUUGUAAUAGUGAUAUAUGAUAUAUACACCAUUUCAAAUGCAAGUAAUUAUUAUUUAAGUUGUAAAGUUUUGACUUAAAUGAAUUAAAAAUAUAAUAACAUGCAUUGAUUCUAGUGACUCCCUACACAAGAUGUAGAUUAAAGCUUUUAAAGUUAGAGAGAAUUAAGGAUUAUUUGCUGAUGGAAGAGGAAUUUAUCAAGAACCAAGAGAGACUUAAACCCCAAGAAGAGAAACAUGAGGUACAUCAUUAUCAAUUUUGCUGGUUAUUUGACUUAUUCAUAUGAUCUCAUCUAAUGGUUAACGUAUAAAAACAUACAUAUAUUUUUAAUAUUUAAAAAAAAAAAAUUUACUCUACAAUAAUUAUUUAAUCUUGUCUAUUAAAAUACUCUUGAAGUGGCUUUCAUUUCAAGAUUGGUUUUGACAAUCAAUAACUUCAUAACAUCUAUUCCGCAGUGCAUAUUCAUUUCACUAGAUUGAGGGUUGCACUUAAUACAGCUACAUUUUUGUUGCACCUGGGUUAAUGAGAGUUUUUUUAUCACAUUCUUUAUAAAAUAGAGGUAACUAUUUAUUUAUCAUAAUAUCUCUAAUCUGCUAUUCUAUCAUUUUACUUAAUAGGAAGAACGCUCUAAAGUGGAUGAGUUGCGUGGGUCACCAAUGUCUGUUGGCAACCUUGAAGAAAUCAUAGAUGACAAUCAUGCUAUAGUUUCUACAUCUGUCGGCAGUGAGCAUUAUGUCAGUAUUCUGUCCUUUGUCGACAAAGAUCAAUUGGAGCCUGGAUGCUCAGUGCUACUGAAUCAUAAAGUAAUUAAUCAGAUUUUGUGCUAAGGUUUUUGAGUAGAAUGGGGUGUUUUUAUUUUGAGUUAAUUUUAAGGAUUAAGAAAUAAAUAUGUGUUUGUUCCUGGUAACUUAAAUUAUUGAUUAAAAUACUGGUAGAGAUUUUCUCUCUAAUUUCUUUUAUGUUCACUUAGAAUUUCUAAUUUGGUAAAUCCCAAUAAGUAUAAUAAAAUAAAAUUGUCUAUCUUUCUGGGAUGAUCCUCUGUUAAUGUUUGUCUAUUUGAUGUCAAAACAAAAACAAUUAUGUAGUAAAUGAUCAAACAAGUUAUUGCUAUUUAUUACUUGAAAUAAAGUCAUUAAUUAAAUUGGAUGUGUUUUUUAAAACAUUUAUAUUAUUUUUGUGUUGACAGGUCCAUGCUGUGGUUGGAGUUUUGAGUGAUGACACAGAUCCCAUGGUGACUGUCAUGAAACUAGAGAAGGCACCACAAGAGACAUAUGCAGACAUUGGGGGGUUAGAUAAUCAGAUUCAGGAAAUAAAGGUAGUUUUUUUAAAAAGCUUCUCCUAAGAUUUUAGUUUACCAAGUCGGUAUUUCUUGUGGUUGUAGCCAGUUGAAUGUGUUUAGUUAACAUCAUCAGCCUACUUUCUUGUCCGAGUACUGUUGAUUUAUUUAAAAAUGUCAUACAUUUAUGAUUUCAGUCAAAAUACUUAUUUUCUAGGUGUCUGCUGAUCAUUAAAACAUUUUCAUGUCUAAUUAUUUAGGAAUCGGUAGAACUACCUCUUACCCACCCAGAGUACUAUGAAGAGAUGGGAAUCAAGCCGCCAAAGGGAGUUAUUCUUUACGGACCCCCUGGAACUGGUAAUGUUUAUUUUACAGUCUCUAAACAUGUUCUUAGUGAGGUUGAAUUAAUUAAGUUAUUUCAAGUCAUUCAUGAUACAUUUUAAAAAAUUGAAUAUUUUUAAAACAAAUUUUGAGAGUCAUGUAACUAAAUGUAGAUAGCUUGUUUAAAUUGUAAUCAAAUUUAGGCUUACAUAAUUAAUUAGGAUAAUGGAUUUUAUAAAUUCUUUACCACACCUUUCUGUUUGGAAUUAUCAGGCUAAAUCAUUUUUGCUCUGUAUGGAAAGUUGCUUGCCUAUUUAUUAUUUGUAUCAUUUAAAGUACGUUGAGUCAUGGUUGGAUAAGUUUUCCUAUUUUUUACAAGUUGUUACAUUUUUGUUCAAAAGUAUUAACUAUUUGUGAAAUGAAUUCUCAAUAGGUAAAACACUUCUAGCAAAAGCAGUAGCUAACCAAACGUCGGCAACAUUUUUAAGAGUUGUUGGUUCAGAACUUAUUCAGAAAUAUCUGGUAAGUUGCAAUCAUUAAAAUUUAAAUCUUUUAUUUAUUUAUUUUUUUGUACUUCGUCAAUCCAUGACCACUACUGUCAGCUGUUUCCAUGAAGGUUGUCUGCAGGGUCAGGUUUCUGUUCCAGGGAUCGUUUUCUCUUGUACUGCACCAGAUCUCAUAGGGUCUUCUGCUGAUUUGUUUUCUCUAGGCUGUAUUUGACAAUAGAACCCUCUCACUCCCAAGAACCAAAACUAAGACCAUCGGUGAACGCUCCUUCUACUUCCAUGGGCCCACGUUCUGGAACCAGCUCCUCUUCCAUAUCCGUCAUUGUGAAACCUCGUCCACUUUUAAAAAGUCCCUUAAAACCCAUCUGUUUAGGUCCGCCUAUGACCUGUGAUGCACCCUCCUUGCCCUGCCUCAUUUUCUGUCUCGGGUUGAUCCUGUAGUAUAGGCCAAAACGUGCCAAAGUUUCCUCGUUUUAUAGCCAUUUUAAUGUUUCUAUAGCAUAGUAGUUACUAUCCUAAUGUCUCAUUUUUAUUUUAGCUAGUUUACAUGUUUUUAAUAAUUGUAAAGCGCUUAGAGCUUUAAGGUAAGCGCUAUAAUAAAAAUGCCUAAAUAAAUAAAUAAAUAAAUAUUUCUUUGUGGUGUCUGGGAAGUGAACUUGCAGGAAUUCCACAGACAUCUCCAGCAAAUGUACAAUUUCUGCCGUUUUUGUCUCUCUGUACCAGCACCUCAAUAUGGGACAUUAUCUUUGGCCAUAAUGGACGUAGGCCAUCUAUAUAAUUGUUUUUCCUUUCAACUUUGUCCUUUGCUCUCCAUUCUAUUUGUAUCCCAUCUUUUGUGUAUCAACCUCUAACUUGCGUCUCCAUGUAUUCUUUUGCCUUCCUCUUCCGGGUGGGUUUCAUGUUGAGGGGUGUAGACAUUUUAAAUGCCUGAAUGUCCUUACUGAUCCUUGCGUAGUUUUCUUUUGUCACUGUCAUAUUUUUUUGUAACAGUUUCCAGUGGGCUGUUGUUCAGUGUGUAUCCUCCUCUUCUAUUCUUGUGUUUACCUGGCAUUGACUUAAGGCUUACAGAACUGUCAGUUCCAGCUAGUGUCUUUUUCUGUCCAUCUUGGUACUUGUCGGAAAGCAAUCCUUUGACAACAGCGGAUUCCAAUGUAUUUCUUGCGCUUCACUAAAAUACUACUGUACUAAUAAUCCAAAUGUUAAAAUCUAUGAGCAAAGCAUUUUACAGGCAGAUGAGUGAUUGUUUUAAGUUUAAGAUAACAAUAUAAAGCCACAUAUUCCACUCAAAAUUACAUGGUCAUAUCUAAUUGUUUUAACAUCUCAUAGUCAAAUCAUGUUGUUAAGAGCUUUGGUUUUAUUAUAGACCAGGUAGAGAACAGUAGGACUUAUUUGAAAUUACUUUAGCUGCACAAUGGUCAACUGCCAUUUGUUAUUUAAGAAAUCAUGUAUUUGUAGUGUGCUGCAUAAACAUUACAUAGGACCUCUUAGAUUUUCAGAUCGGAGUAAUUUACUAAAUAAAUAUCUUAAAUUGUUCUUGGCAUUGUCAAUCAGCCCACGUCUCAAAAUUAUUUUUCUCAUGCUUUACAGGGAGAUGGUCCUAAAUUAGUACGUGAACUAUUUCGUGUAGCUGAAGAGCAUGCUCCUUCCAUAGUUUUUAUAGAUGAAAUAGAUGCAGUUGGAACAAAAAGGUAUUUAAUUUUAAAAAAUAAAAUAAAUGGCUUACAAUUGCUUUGAAGAUCUUGAUAUAAACAAAAAAAUAAUCAUGCAGCUUUUUAAACCUUUAUAGUGUUAUUUCAAAUAAAUGUACAGUGUUGAAUUAGCCUGUCAUGCUUUACUUUAAAUUUGUCCCACAGAUAUGAAUCUAAUUCUGGAGGAGAGAGAGAAAUUCAGCGUACUAUGCUGGAACUUCUGAAUCAGUUGGAUGGUUUUGAUUCACGGGGGGAUGUCAAGGUUUGUCCUACAUCAGUUUAUAUCUGUUUGCCCGUUCAAUGUAAAAAUAUUAAUUAAAGCUAUGUUAAAAUAAUUUGCAUGUUCAUCUAUUAACAGUUAAAUACUUUUGGGGGAUAAAUAAUGAUUCCCUCACUUAACCUUAAAGGGCUCAAGUCAACACUUUAAAGUGUACAUUAUUCUAAUAGUAAAUUUAAUAAGAAACUUUUUUUUACAUUGAAAAUAAAAGGGUGUUGAUUAGAUAUAUUGGAGAUAAAACAUUGUACCAGUAAUACCAUGUCUUGUUUUUAAGUACCGGUACCAGUAAUACCAUUUCUUGUUUGGACAUUGUACCAGUAAUACCAUUUCUUAUUUUGAAGUAUUAAAUAAUACAUAUGAACAUUUAAUUUCAAUUAUGUGCAUAGCUAUUUCUAUUGGUGUAAUACAUUUUAAUUAAGUGUAUAGUAACACAAUUUUUUUGUGAAAGAUUAAUUGAAAAGAAUUUUAAAGAAAAACCUAGUUUGGAUUUACAAAAACAAGUGAUACCUUAAUUCUAAUUAAUUUUUGAUUAAACUAGUUUGGUUGUGACAUCCCCUGGUUAUAAAAAGAUCAGCCAUUCCAAGCUAUGAAAUGGGCCAUGACUUUGAUAAUAUUUGUUAAUAAUUCUAUAAAUAACUUUACUAGGCAAUAAAGCUCCACAAAAGUGAUUGAUACAUCUGCAGUAACUUAACUCAUCACCAUAACCAAACUCAUCACCAUAACCAAACUGCAUAUAAAUAUAUGUCAUAUUUUUUAUACUGUUACAUACUUUUUAAUUUUGUAAAAUUAAUUUUUGUAUGUUAGAAUUAAUCAUGUGAUUAAACAUUAACUAUGCCUGGCAAUUCUGCACACAUCAGACUAUGAGUUAAAUUCCACACACAUCAGACUAUGAGUUAAAUUCUGCACACAUCAGACUAUGAGUUAAAUUCUGCACACAUCAGAUUAUCAGUUAAAUUCUGAAUUAAAUUUCGUUAUUGUUAUACUUAGGUUGUCAUGGCAACAAACAGAAUAGAAACUCUGGACCCAGCUUUGAUUAGGCCUGGUCGGAUCGACAGAAAAAUUGAGUUUCCACUUCCAGAUGAGAAAACAAAGAGGCGUAUAUUCACCAUUCACACAAGUCGUAUGACCUUGGCUGAAGAUGUCAAUAUUGAGGACUAUGUCAUGUCCAAGGAUGACCUGUCUGGUGCUGAUAUUAAGGUAAGGGGUUUAACAGCAUAAUGUCUAGCUAUGAGUAAAUUUUCAUGUAAUAGUUCGAGACUGUUUUUCCUGUCAGUGGAGUUUUUUAAGCCCCAUGCAGAUAAGUGUUAACAAGGGGUGUGUGGAAAAGAUGCACAUUUUAAACUUAACAUCCGUUAUGAACAACCCCUUACCAUCCCCAUCAAUGUGAAUAGAAGUAAUACAAUUGAUGCAGUCCUCAUCUAUACAGGUUAAUCAUGUAGGCUUAUUUGCUUGCUGCGUUUGUUAACAAAACAACUAACAAUUCUAUCUUGUUCUGUUAAUUCUCUUUGUUUUUCUUCCUCCUAAAAAGGCCAUUUGCACUGAAGCUGGUUUACUGGCCCUCCGAGAGCGUCGUAUGAAGGUCAUGAAUGAAGACUUUAAGAAAGCCAAAGAAAAUGUGCUUUAUCGCAAGAAUGAGGGAACGCCUGAAGGACUUUAUUUAUAAUUACUUUUUUUGCAUUUAAUAAAAAAAAUAUGUUCCAUGUUUAUUUAAUUUUGAAUUAAAAAUAAGACUGAAUUUCAAGUGUUCAAAAGUAAAUAUUUGGGGGGGGGGGCUUUGCCUUGAAUAUCAGUAUAAGCUUUUUGAAUUAUAGAAGGUCUUUAAAAGUCUAUUCAUUAAAUCCUUCCUAUUCUGAUAUACAAUCUAACAAAGUAAGGUCAGGCCAAAUUGUGAACAUCUUUAUAAUUAUCCUCACAUGGUGGGUCAGGGAAAAAAUGGAUGCUUCUUUAUAUGGAUAAUUAACUGUGGUGUAUUUGGCUUGCACUUGUCAAUCAUCACACUGAUUUUCCAAAUGUAAAUUGAAAAUUUAGAGUUUUCAAAGUUGAGUUCCUCGAGCAUAAAUUCUUUGGUAGAGAGGCUGGAUCUUUUUACAAUUAUCUAGGGUAUGCACAUUAUAAACAGCUACUGUAGUGUUGGUUAUGGCUGGAGUUUGAAAAUAAUUUUUUAUCAACAGUAAUUAAUUUUUUCUGUAGCAGCAGACACACUUCAUGACCUUUGAAGUAGUCUUAUUUUAUUUUGCCUACUUAGGUAAUUAGAUUGUUGCUGUCAAAAUUGCUAAACCUACCAAAGACACAACCUCUUAAAGUCAAAUCACACCCAGAAUUUCUAUUUUCAUGAUUUUCAAAAAAAAAAAAAUUGUUUAACUUUUUAUAACGGCUUUACUUGUCAAAUUAUUUCUAGCGUUACAUAAUGGGGGAAAGUAUUAAUAUUGUAGCAGAUAAGUUGCUAGAUUCCAAACUAUUUUUUUGUUGUAAUAAACUCAUUUAAAGCAGAAAUGCUGGCCUUUUCAAAAGUUGAAUGUUACACAAGAGAAGAAGCUUCACUUUGUUAUAGACAUUUAGUUCAAAUUAUAUAUUUUAGGGAAACUUUCCACUCACUCAUCUUAUAUUUAUAUUGAGAGAAGUUCUCUUAAAAUUUAUCAUUUUAAUUUUUUUCAAAAUGACAACUGCCGUAGUUGAAUUAUUUCAUUUUUAAUAUUCAAUUUCACAAUUUUCUUUUAGUUAAUGCACAUCAAUUAACUUAUUAUUUCGACACUUAAAACCAAGUCAUCAAAAGGUUUUAAAAGGAAAAUACCCAAAAGCAUAAAUUUUUAUUUUCAACAAGUUUAGAACAAUUUCCUUUACAGAUAAUAUUUACAGUUACUAAAACCAGAUGCAUACUUGAGUUACAAAUAAUGAAUUUGAUUGAUAAGCACAAUUUCAACUAUCUUUGUCUGACUUCAGAUACUACAAGUACAUUUUAUUACUGUCACUUGACUAACAAACCAAUUGGAAGCCAUAACCGUGCUUCUACCUUAACGUUAACUAUCUUUCUGAUGAUUUUUCUGAAUCUAGAUUCUCCAAAUAAUUUUUUAUAAGCCUGGAUGCAUCUUUCAUCUCAUCUAAAGACUUGACUAAGAACUCUCUAGAGUCAGAUGAUUUGUCAAAAAGACCCAAGUCCAUUAGCCUGCCUACAGCGAGUAUUUGAGCACCUGAAAUAAGAUAAAAAUAUGCUUGUAAAAAAUGAAUAAAAAAUAAAGGCACUCUUCCCAGUUUUCUGGUUGAUGUUAUCUAUAAGCAUAAGUAGUAUUAGACAUUGGAAAAACAUUGACAGGGCCUGGUGGUCCUACUUUGGUGCAAAUUACUAGCACCAGCUCUAAAUCUAUCUGAGCCACACUGGCUUAAAUGUCUAAAUCUACCUAGACCACACUGGCUUUUAAAUCAGUUAUAGCUGUGGCCAAAAAAGUUAUGAAAUUAUUUUAUUACUUUUAGAGUUGUCAUCUUUCUCAAAUAAUAAUAAUAAUAAAGUUCAUUUCAAAAACAUGCUUCAUCCCCAAAUGCUCGAAGCGCGGUACAAAGUCAACAAAAUACAAAUCUAUAAUUUACCACAUUUAAAACAAACGCAACACUACAAAAACGAAU